UGUUACUGUUUGACUAGAAAGUUACCUCGUAAGACAAAAUCAUCAAUGGAAUGGUGGUGUCUUACUUUCAUGAUGAUCAGUUGUGGAAGUGCAUUUUUUAUUUGGUUGAAACUUCUUGAAUUUCUGUAUCAUUGUGCAAAUUGGGAAUUAGUAAUUGGAUGUAGCCGAUCACAAUAUUUUAUUAGCUACUGAGGCAGUCUGUUUUCACCCUGUAGAGAUGGUGAUACUGUCAUGGAUGCUGUUGAAUUUGUUUUACAAAACUUCACAGAGAUGAAUAAGCUUUGGAUUCGGAUGCAGCAUCAGGUUUGUUGGAAUACCUCUGUUUUGACAUGCAUGGCACCUGAGAACUUGCAUGCCACAAAGGUGAAAAUGAAUCGUGAGGGCAUGAUUUUUUGGCCAUGCAGGUGUUCUAGUGCUUGUGAUACAUUCAUACUCUUUGGUGAUCCUGAGUUGAGGACUUCAUUCGGGCUUUCUGGUCUGCAGGGGCCUGUUCGGGUAGAAGAGAAACUGGAAAAGGAAAGGAGCGAGCUUCGUGAUCUUGUUGGGAAGAAUUUACACGUUCUCAGUCAGAUAGAGGGUAUUGAUCUUGAAAUGUACAAAGACAAUGUUCUCCCCAGGAUCUUGGAACAGGUUGUUGACUGUAAAGAUGAGCUUGCCCAAUAUUAUCUGAUGGAAUGCAUAAUCCAGGUCUUUCCGGAUGAGUACCACUUGCAAACUCUUGAGACGUUAUUGGGGGCUUGCCCCCUACUUCAGCCAACAGUUGACAUAAAGACAGUUUUAUCACAACUAAUGGAGAGAUUAUCAAACUAUGCUGCUUCAAGUGCAGAAGUAUUACCAGAAUUCUUGCAAGUAGAAGCUUUUUCAAAAUUAAGCAACGCCAUUGGAAAGGUGAUUGAAGCACAGGUUGACAUGCCUAUUGUUGGAGUCAUUACUUUAUAUGUAUCUCUUCUGACAUUUACCCUUCAUGUUCAUCCUGAUCGUCUUGAUUAUGUGGAUCAAGUGCUGGGGGCAUGUGUAAAGAAACUAUCAGGCAAAGCAAAGCUUGAAGAUAGUAAAGCAACAAAACAAGUUGUUGCGCUUUUGAGUGCUCCAUUGGAGAAAUUCAAUGAAAUUGUGACGGCCCUGACACUUUCUAAUUAUCCCCGUGUCAUGGACCACCUUGACAGUGAAACGAAUAAAGUCAUGGCGAUGGUUAUCAUUCAAAGCAUAAUGAAAAAUAACACUUGUGUGUCUACUGCCGACCAGGUUGAGGUUUUGUUUGAAUUGAUAAAAGGGCUCAUAAAGGAUCUGGAUGGAACUCAUGGUGACGAGCUUGAUGAUGAGGAUUUCAAGGAGGAGCAAAACUCUGUUGCUCGCCUUAUACACAUGCUGUAUCAUGAUGAACCCGAGGAGAUGUUACAGAUAAUAUGCUUGGUGAGGAAGCAUAUAAUGACUGGAGGCCCAAAACGGCUACCUUUUACAGUUCCUUCUCUUGUUUUUUCUUCACUCAAGUUGGUCAGGAGAUUGCAAGGUCAGGAUGGAGAUGUAGUUGGAGAAGAGACCAUUGAGACUCUUUCAUCCGUUCCAUCUCCUGAACUGGCACUGAGGUUGUAUUUGCAAUGUGCUGAGGCUGCCAAUGACUGUGAUCUUGAACCUGUGGCGUAUGAAUUUUUCACACAAGCAUUUGUACUAUAUGAGGAAGAAGUCACGGAUUCCAAAGCCCAGGUGACUGCUAUACACCUAAUAAUAGGGACUCUUCAGAGGAUGAAUGUAUUUGGUGUUGAGAAUAGGGAUACCUUAACUCACAAGGCCACAGGGUAUUCAGCAAAACUUUUGAAGAAGCCAGAUCAAUGCAGAGCAGUAUAUGCAUGUUCACAUCUGUUCUGGGUUGACGAUCAGGAUGGAAUCAAGGAUGGAGAAAGGGUCUUGCUUUGCCUAAAACGUUCACUAAGGAUUGCAAAUGCUGCACAACAGAUGGCCAAUGUUACGCGGGGUAGCAGUGGACCAGUUAUACUCUUUGUUGAGAUACUUAACAAGUACCUUUACUUUUUUGAGAAGGGAAACCCACAAAUAACUAGUGCUGCAAUUCAGGACCUUGUGGAACUGAUCAGAACUGAAAUGCAAAGUGAUACCACAACCCCAGAUCCAGCUUCAGAUCCUUUUUUUGCCAGCACAUUGCGGUACAUUCAGUUUCAGAAACAAAAAAGUGGUGCUAUGGGUGAGAAGUACGAUCCGAUCAAGGUGUGACAUUUUUAGGGCUUUGUGUUAGUUGAUAAAAAUGUGAGGGGCAGGCAAACAAGGUUCGAGUGGAAUGCAGCUGAAUUGGAUGGGGAGCAAGGAGAUGGCUGCAUGCGUUUUCAAUUUCUUCACUCUGAAGAGGUGAUGAGGUGGUUUGGUGUUCUGGAUGAGGAAAGAAGUAGUUUUGCUUCAGCACAUAUCCUGUGCACCCAACCCAACGUUGUUUGUAGCAUUCUUAUGUUUAAGAGAACCCUGUGGGCUUUUUUUUUUUUUUUUAAGGAAAUUACGUUUGAAAGGGGGAUAUCUUUUAUUGUUGAGACAUGCUGCUUGUGUGUGUAUAUAUAUAUUGGUAUAUUAAUUCAUUUAUAAUUUGUUAUAAAUGGAAUUUCUUGCUUAGAAGAAG